AUGCCAGGACUAAGCUGUAGAUUCUACCAGCAUAAAUUUCCAGAGGUGGAAGAUGUAGUGAUGGUCAAUGUUAGGUCCAUUGCUGAAAUGGGAGCCUAUGUCAGCCUGCUGGAGUAUAACAACAUUGAAGGCAUGAUCCUUCUCAGCGAGCUGUCCAGGAGACGUAUUCGCUCCAUAAAUAAACUCAUCCGCAUCGGGAGGAACGAAUGUGUCGUGGUCAUAAGAGUUGACAAAGAGAAAGGUUAUAUUGACUUAUCAAAAAGAAGAGUUUCUCCAGAGGAGGCAAUCAAGUGUGAAGACAAAUUCACAAAAUCGAAGACUGUUUACAGCAUCCUUCGCCAUGUUGCCGAGGUCUUGGAGUACACUAAGGAUGAGCAGCUUGAGAGUCUGUUCCAGAGAACUGCCUGGGUAUUUGAUGACAAGUACAAAAGACCAGGAUAUGGUGCUUAUGAUGCAUUCAAGCAUGCAGUCUCAGACCCUGCGAUCCUGGAUAGCCUAGAUCUGACAGAGGAAGAGAGGCGUGUGUUGAUCGACAACAUUAACAGACGUCUGACACCACAAGCAGUCAAAAUCCGAGCUGGUGAGUUCUUUGCAGGUGUUAGUGAACCUGUCUUGACCCAUGUCAA